AUGAUGUCGCAACCACGUUCUCAGACAUAUAAAAUUUAUAAAAAAUUAGGACAAGGAGGUUAUGGACAAGUCUAUCUUGGAAAAGAUAGUUCAGGAAGACAAGUAGUUGUAAAAAAGAUUGCUAUUGAUACAGACAAUAGAGAAAAGGCAAUGAAUGAAGUUAAAAUAAUGAAGAAAGUCAACCAUAAUAAUGUUAUUCAUUUUAUUGAUAGUUUUGUUAAUAAAAAGAAUUUAAUAAUUGUAAUGGAAUAUGCUCGUGGUGGAGAUUUAUCUCGUUUUAUUAAAAAAAGAAUGGGAGAUUUAAUUUCUGAAGAUUUGGUUUGGAAUAUCUUUCUUCAAAUUACGUUUGGUCUUCGUUAUCUUCAUUCAAUUCGUAUUCUUCAUAGAGAUAUGAAAACUCAAAAUGUAUUCUUAAUGGCAGAUGGUACUGUAAAAAUUGGUGAUUUUGGAAUUGGAAGAAUGCUUUCUGAAAAGGAACAAAUUGCAAAUACUGUUAUUGGCACUCCUUAUUAUCUUUCUCCUGAAAUUUGUGAAGGGAUUCCGUAUGACUAUAAGAGUGAUAUGUGGUCAUUAGGUUGUAUUCUUUAUGAAUUAUGUACUUUAACUCGUGCUUUCUGUGGAAGUAAUGUUGCUGACGUUAUAAGAAAAAUUUUAAAAGUCAAUCCACCUAAAAUCCCUGAAAUAUAUUCAAGUACUAUUCAAAUGAUUGUUGAUAAUCUUCUCUCAAAAACUGCUUCAUCAAGGAUGUCGGCUGAUGACAUUUGUAAUCUACCAACAGUAAAGAUUAUUAUUAAUGAUAUGUUUGAUGUUAAGGGUAUGACAACAAUCAUUUUUGAUGAAAUGAACCAAAAACAAGAAAUGAGUCAUGAAGAACCAACAGGAAAUACAGACAAGGGUCUUCAAAAAAGUAUCAAUUCAUCGACCCCAUCUCCAAAAGAAGACCAUUCUGAACUAACAAGGGAAAUUUUGAAAGAAGUACCUGAUUUUGAAUCAAAAAAAGAUAUUAUUGAAGCCUUUGAUAGGUUAGGAUUUGAAAUAAAAAACUAUGACUGUACUGGAGAUAUGAGUAUUUUAAAUGCAGAAAAAGAAGAAAUUAUUGCAAAAAUACAAAAAGAAAGAGGAGAAGAGUUUUGGGUUAUAUUUGGUCAAUUACUUAAUUACAGUGAUACUCUCCCAAAAUUCUUUAAAGAAAAUAAAAUUGAUACAAACUGUCUUGAUUUGAUUGUUGAUUUGCUACGAAUAGAAAUGAAAAAAAAUAGAAUAGAAGCUAAAAUUUCAGAAGAAAAAUUUAAGAAACAAAAAGAACAAGAAGAAGAAUUUGAGAGAAUCAAACGUGAGGUUGAAGAUGCAGAAAGAAGAGAAUUUGAAAGAAGUCAACAAACCCCUCAAAGAGAGUUCAACGAAAAUCCUAGAUUUACUGAUGGAUAUAGUGAAGAAAUAAAUCGAAGACUUUAG